AUGCAGCCCUUCGGAAGCUCACGUGCCAGAUGGAGGCCAGCCAGGCUCAGGACCCUCGAACACUGCACCAUAACGCAGAUCUACCUGAAGAAGGACCACCAGCUCGUAGAGACGGGCAAAACCCAGUACGCCAACUACUUGGCGAAGAUCCAGGAGGAGGGGUCGUCCCACAACCGAGGCCCUCCAGAGAGCCAGCUUUUUGGGGCCUGUCUGAGCGAUAUUGAGAGCUGGCUAGGCGAGGACUCGUGCCAGCCAUCCCUCAAGAGGUACCGGGGGGUCGCGGACCGGCUGCUGAACAUGCUGCGGCAUUCAGAUCCAGAGCUCGCGAGCUAA